CUCGUUGUCUUCAUCACCGUUCUUUGUGUCGUAUCGUGUCGGCCAUUAGACCGACCAAAAGUGUCCCCAUUUUGAGUGCCUGCCUUCAGUCCGCGUGUGCCUCCACGUAGCACGGCAAGAUGGUCGAUAAAUCCUUUCUUUAUCCCUUCCUUGGGGUGAUGUUUCUGCUCCUCGGCGGGGCGGAGGUGUACGGUGUGCGCCGCUUUUGGCGUGGCAAAAUGUUCCAACAGGAUGCACCGAGUCGCUCGGAGCGCUUUCACGCGCAAGCCGCCGUUCCGGAUCUUUGGUUCGAGCAGCAGCUAGAUCACAACGAUCCGACCAAUGCGGCCACCUGGCAGCAGCGCUACUACGUGAACGAUCAGUACUUUAACGCGUCCGACCCGAACGCACCGGUAUUUCUGAUGAUCGGGGGCGAGGGUGAAGCCACGGCCCGCUGGAUGCACGAGGGCGCCUGGAUCCGGUACGCGGAAAAGCACGGCGCACUGUGCUUCCAGCUCGAGCACCGGUUCUACGGCAAGAGCCGCCCGACGGAGGAUCUGUCGACGAGCAGUCUGGCCUACCUGACCUCGGAACAGGCGCUCGCCGAUUUGGCCUACUUCAUCGUGGCCAUGAACGACAAGUACCAGCUCGAGCCGCACCGUCACCGGUGGAUCGCGUUCGGCGGUUCGUACCCGGGCUCGCUGGCCGCCUGGCUGCGGGAAAAGUAUCCGUCCCUGGUGCACGGUGCGAUCAGUUCCAGUGGGCCGCUGCUGGCGAAGAUCGAUUUCGUGGAGUACUACGACACGGUCACCCGGUCGCUGGAGCGCUACUCGGCCGACUGUGUGCGGGCGGUCAGGAGCGCCUUCCAGCAGGUGGAAACGCUGCUCAAGCACAUGAUCGGGCAGCGCACGCUGAACGAAAAGUUCCAGCUGUGCGAUCCGGUCGAGCGGUCGAUCGAGAAUCCGCUCGACAUUGCCAACCUGUUCGAGGCGAUCGCGAGCAAUUUCGCCGGCGUAGUGCAGUACAACAAGGACAACAGCCCGCACGCUACCGUGACGAUCGACGAGGUGUGUGACGUGAUGGUGAACCAGACGAUCGGGGCACCUGUGUCCCGGCUGGCCGAGGUGAACCGGAUACUGCUGAAGCAGAGCAACACCACCUGUCUGGACUUUGUGUACGACAAGUCGAUCGAGGAGAUGCGCAACACCUCCUGGGGAUCGUCCCAAGCUAGUGGAGCCCGACAGUGGACGUACCAGACGUGCAACGAGUUUGGAUUCUAUCAAACGUCCAACAAUGCCAGCUCCGUGUUUGGCGACCGCUUUCCGGUGGAGUUCUUCGUGCGCCAGUGCGUCGACGUGUACGGUGCCCGGUUCGGGGCGGAAUCGCUUGCACGGGCCGUCUACCGGACCAACACCAACUACGGUGCGCUCGAUCCGGCCACCACGAACGUGCUGUACGUGCACGGCAACAUCGACCCGUGGCACCGGCUGGGACUGACCGAAAGCAACGACAUCCACAUGCCCACCAUCCUGAUCGACGGCACGGCCCACUGUGCGAACAUGUACGAACCGAAGGACAGUGAUCCGCCACAACUGAAGCAGGCCAGGCUCGAGAUCGAUACGUUUAUUACGAACUUACUGGCGAUGUAGUAGAUAAGGUUGAAAUACAAAACUUUUAGCCCCGAA